UGUUUUUUUUUUACAUCUUCACAGAGGUAAAAGCUUAUCCUGAGGAAACGUUGGGUUUAAUUUUGCGCCAAAAAAAAUGUUUCCUUCGCUUGCGUUAUCGACGGCACCAAUGCCGUCGACGAUUAUCUCCGCCACGAGACGGUCCCCAGUCACGCAACUUAACGCAAAGAAAACCAAGCCAGAGAAGAAGCUGCCAACGACGACGACGUCCACGAGCGGUUUCUCCGGCAGAACAUCGAAGGAGCUGACGUGGCAGUGCAUAGAAGGCUGCGGAGCUUGCUGUAAGCUUGCAAAGGACUUCGCUUUCGCGACCCCUGACGAAAUCUUCGACGACCCUGAUGAUGUCGAGCUGUAUAGAAGCAUGAUUGGAGAUGAUGGGUGGUGCAUAAACUACGACAAACCUACACGCAAAUGCUCCAUUUAUGCUGAUCGACCAUAUUUCUGCCGGGUAGAGCCAGAGGUUUUCAAGACUCUCUACGGGAUCGAAGAAAAGAAAUUCAACAAGGAAGCUUGCAGCUGCUGCAUUGAUACCAUUAAAACAAUACAUGGCUCAGAUUCCAAGGAACUAGACAGUUUCAACCGCGCAAUCAGAAGCAGUCCGAGCUCGAGUUAACAGCCUGAUGAACUCUAAGGAAACACAGUAAAUCAAAGGUUAAUAUUACUCACCGGAGUCGAGCUUGGCACAACCGUGGCAGACAAAAGUAGCAUUGAUCUCUUUUUCUUUAAAGUGCAUAUAGAUUUGGCUAGCAGAGAAAUCUGAAGGACAAAGCUCCCAUUCAUCAAACUCUUUGUCUGAUAUCAGACUGCCUUGCUCAUA